AUGUAAAAAAUAUUUUAAUGCUUUCAAAUGCGUAGUGUAUUUUUCUUCAGAGGAUUGCGGUUGUCAGAGAGAGAGAGAGGCAGAAUCAGGGGAGGGACGCCAGCAGCAGCUCCCGGUCUCACUGCUCACACACAGGGACAGGACACAAGACUGAAAACUGAUGCUGCGGCGUCUUUCAUUUAUACAAUACCCGGAGAAUAAACACAACAUUUGAGGGAAACAGUAUUUGGGACACUAUGGAGAUGUCAGAAUCAGUCUCACAGCAGGAGCGGCUCCAGGCUAUUGCAGAGAAAAGGAAAAGACAGACAGAAAUAGAAAACAAGAAAAGACAACUAGAAGAUGAUCGACGACAGCUUCAGCACCUCAAGUCAAAGUCAUUAAGGGAAAGAUGGCUGCUGGACGGUGCUCCCACUGCAGGACCAGAAGAAGAUGAAACUAAAAAGCAGCUCCGUGAGGACGAAGCCAAAACUAGAGGCCUUGAAGAAACUAUAAUGAGACUGGAGAAAGAGCUGGAGGAGCUAGAGGCGGGUGUGUCUGCAACAUCCACCAAAGAGAACCUGUCAGAUGCAGUACAGGAAGACAUCACCAGUAUAAUUGAAACAAAGGUUGUGACAGACUCUGUUAAAGAGGUCAAAGUUCACGUCAGCCCUCGUCUGGAGAAAUACGAAGGUGACUUUGAGAUGAUGAAAACAGCAAUGUACUCCGUAGAGAUUACUGUUGAGAAGGACCGGGUGACUGGGAAGACCAAAGUCCUGUCCACUAACACACUGCUACCCAAAGACCUCUCGCAGCAAGGGGUUAAGGUCUAUGAGGAUGACCGAAAAGUGGUGCAUGCUGUGGAUGGAGCAGUAACCAAUGGUGUUCACCAGCUCAGCUCCUCAGAGGUGGACGAGCUCCUCCACAAAGCUGAUGAGGUGACCAUGAACGAGAGCAGCAGGACCACACCUAAACUGGAACGAGAAAAAGCUAAAGAAACAGAGAAGGCGAUGAAAGAUGCAGUUCCGGCUGUGUCCGGCUCAGCACCCAUGAAGGAUAUCACCGGUGUAGAAGCGAACCCUGCGCCCCCACAGGCGGAAGUGGGUGGGGCCAGUGCAGACCAUCCGGUUACCAUGGUAUUCAUGGGCUAUCAGAACGUGGAAGACGAAGAUGAAACAAAGAAGGUUCUGGGGAUGGAGAGUACAACCGUGAAGGCAGAGGUGGUGGUCAUCGAGGAUGGAGAUGCCAAGACCACCACUACCACCACAGACACAAAGCAGGAACAGGCGCCUCCUAAUGGCAGCCCAGCAGAUCCACCAAAGGCUGAAGACCCCGAGGCAGCAGAAGAAAAAGGGCAGCCUGAGGGGGGCGCUGCUGAGGACAAAACCAAGGAUAAAAAACCCUGCAAGUGCUGUACCAUCAUGUGAGCCAACACACAACACACGGACUUUACUGAUGAAAUGCAAGAACAAAUGAAGAAAACAACAGCAAGGCAAAGAAGAAUAAACUUUCAGUAUCUUUUGAUAGAAAGCUGAUGUUUCCCUAAUUGAUUUUUACCUGUUUUAUAUUCUCUAUAUUACUUUAUUUCUUGCCCUUGAUACUCUCUAACCACAUUUCAAUUUGAUGCAUUUUAUUACUUCAUUAUCAGGUUUUAUUCUGGAUUAUAAGAAUCAUGUCAUAUAAAUCAUAUUAGUGGCAACAUUUUUCUGAGAAAGGUAUGAAGAUGACACUUUCUCUCCACCCUUUAACUGAACUGACUUGAUCAACGUCCAACACGUUUCACACGUUUUUCGCCCUUAGAUUAGACUUAACUUUGUCAUGCAAAUUUUUAGCUUGAGUUUAAAGAGUUUUUGCUCUUUGCUCCCCCUACAGGUUGAAAGCGGAAUUGUCCAUUACCACUGUCAUAAAUAAUUUAGGCUACUGUAGCAAAGCUGGCUCAGAGUGGAUUGUAACUUGCCAUAAAGCAAGUUUUUGUAGUUUUCACUCGAACUACAGGACCGCGACCCGACGGUUGGAAACUUCUUUAGUGCGGUUUUGGCCGAUAAAGGGCUGCAAAGCGAAUGUGAAAGUGCCGUUCACCAUUCAAGGUAAAAAAAGCUCUUUGGUGUUGCUUUAAUAUUUUCAACUUGUGCGAAGUCGCGUUUGAGGCUAAUAGCGCGUGUUUUUGCGGCCCAAAUUGCCUCAUCCGCAUCGCCUCACACGAGUAUCCAUUGACUUUGUAUGCAAUUUACUCGUUGAAUUCGCGUUUGGUGUGUACGCCCCAUUGACUUCGCAUAUGUGAGAGUCGGUUUUCUCUGUAUAACUGUUUAACAUAUCUGAGCCAAUUAUUUUUUGAAAACUAUUUAUUUUAUUUUAAGUUCCCUUGUUAAAACCCAAACCUUUUUUAAAGCAUGAUAAUGUUGUGUGCAAAGUAUUCUCACUUGAAAACACUAAAAAUUGUGCUGUAUUUAUUGCUGAUAAAGCUGUGGGAAGUAUUCGGUUAUUAUUUUAUUUUGGUUUUCCGGAAGUAGGAAUAAACCAUGGGAUUUACAGAACACACAUAAGUCUUGCCAUUUUAAAGGAAGAUUAUUGUUGAACACAAGACCUCUGAACUUUUUUUGUGUUUUUGUUCGUUUUUUUUAUUACCGCCUGUUUUCCCAUACUCCCUAACACAGACUCAUUAACACACACACACAUAGAGUCAUAAAACACAAUGCUUUUUUCUCUAUCUAUGUUUUUUAUCUUUGUUCUCCUGUGAGUUUAGUAGAUUGCGCUCUUUCAUAUUGAAAUGUAGGACAGGUGAGCUGAGGGUAACUCGCCCAUAGUCAGUCAAACAGCCCCAGAUAAGAGCUUGCAUGUCUGUUGGUAAUUGUACCCGAGUGUAUCUGACUGAUACACUUGUUAUCGUAGUCCCACCUGAAGUGCUCUUUGUUGAAAGUAGAUAGGAAGAGAAAAUAAUGACUUUAAACUACUGUAUGAUAUGAACAAGCCUUAUAGUCUUCUCAUAAGAACGUCAUUUGCCAGCUUUGAUCUGAUGUACAGUAUCAGGCUGGCUGUGUCCAGGAUGGUAUUCGUAGAUUGCAUGCCAUCAGCCAGGGUGACUGACAGCUCAUUCCUAUCAAGUGACAUCACCAAACCGCUGCAGCCAAUCCUAUGCAAGAGCUCGCAUGCAUGUAAACUACAGUCAGAAUAAGCAACGCUGUCUGGGUUCCUACACAGCAAUCAUAACAGAAUGGAAAGACAGGAAGGACACAAUCCACCCUUCCUUUUGCUAUUUGACCAGUAAUGAAAUUACGGAAGUGUAACGAUUGCAAGAGUAUUCGUUUCAUACUAAUCCCAUUUAAAGAUGUAUUGGAUUUGUCCUUGAAGUAGCUAAGAUGCCAAAUCGUUCAGGAUUUUUCUACAUUUGGUAGCAGUCUGUUUUUGUGGAUGGCUGAUUGAAAACUUGUGUUAACCUUUUUAUUUUUAGCUUUGUGUUUCUGUAACAGAUGCACUGUACAAACAGGUUUGUUGGUUCAAAUUAAAAAAAUUUGAGUUAUUUCGACUUAUAUAUAUUAAAUUAACUAAAAAUUUUAAGGUAACUUACUUUUUUGAGUUGAAUCAACCUUUUUUACAGUGUGGAAAUGCAAGUACAUGUUACAUUAUAUUGGGGCAUGUUGAUGAAUGUUCAGUCUUUUUUGUACCUAAUUUGGCAAUAAUUUGUCAAAUUAUGAUAGUUUGCUGAAUUAACUUUAGGGGAAUUAAAUGACGUUGUGGUUUAUUCGGCGGUGCUGAUGGCUGGCGUAGAGGUGCUAGCAUGCUAUAUGAAGUGUGCGUCCUAGUUUGUCUAUGUGGUUUUACUCAUGAUCAAUUAAUUGUCUGUUAUAUAGGUUAUGUAUUUCAAUCAUAGUAGUUUAUGAAAAUAUGUGCGUGUUGUGGCUGGUUCCCAGUCCAGACCCUUUUAGUUUUUGUUCUACCACGUUCUUGCAUACACAAACAUACACAUCCAUGUAUAUACACUUGUAUCAGGUGCAUAGCAGCAUCUGUGAUGUGGACGCAUAGUCCAGUUUCUUUUCCCCUUUCUCUUGAUCGAGCAAGCAACUUUCCAUAAAUGCCCUGUUUUUCCAUCACUGUACGUGAUAUAUUGUUGCUUUACACUUUGCUGCACACCCUGUUGUCAUUCAGUACUAACAUUCCAGUUCUGACAUUUUCCCCACCCCUGAAUGCCUUGUUGCCUGGCUGCAAGCCUGGCGUAUCUCUUUUGUAUAGAUGCAUGCUUUUAUAGAUACAUAAGUCAUAUAUCUACAUAUGCAUAUCCAUUUCAAUGUAAGGUAAUGUCCUUGUGCUUGAACCCCUAACCCAUUGGCCCCUAACUUUACUCUAACACACCUGACUCUAAUUUUUAGGUAGCCAUGAACAACUUGAUUAGAUGGUUCAGGUGUGUUUGAUUAGGGUUGGAACUGAAAUCUGUAGGACAGGUGCCUUCCAGGAACAGGGUUGGAGACCCAUGCCCUAACCUUUGAUGAUAUGUUGCUGCAACGAUAGAUUUCAAAGGCAUAGUAGGACAGUGUAGAAACCUCUAACCUGGUUCUAUGGGAGCACUGAGGUUGAUAUCUGGCCCUGACGGGGUCCAUUGCUUCCUAUCUUAAACUUCCUGCCCCCUUCCAUUAGGUCAUCUGAUAUUGUGUGUAUGCGCUCUCUUACUGCCACUGUUGUCUGUGUGUUGUGACAGUCUGCUUUUUUACCAACCUGACAGAGAUGUAGAAAGAGUUGGAAACAGACAUUAAAAUGUGAUGUGCUUUACGGAAA